AUGUGGCUCUCUCUCGUGUGCAGUAUUCUGCUGCCACUUGGGGUAGUCAACGCACAGUCUCAGUGCCUCAAUGACAAAACCAAAGAAUUCGUCGUCAAUGGGUCUGCCCUUCCUUUCGUCGAUUUCGACAUUGGCGAGUCCUACGCGGGCUACCUCCCCAACACGCCAUCUGGCAUCUCGAGCCUAUACUUUUGGUUCUUUCCUUCUACCGAUCCUAUUGCGUCCGAUGAGAUCACCGUCUGGCUGAAUGGAGGCCCAGGAUGCAGCUCCCUGGCAGGCAUCAUGCUCGAGAACGGUCCCUUCCUAUGGCAACCUGGCACCUACAGACCCGUGCGCAACCCUUAUUCCUGGAACAACCUCACCAACAUGGUGUACAUUGAUCAGCCUGCUGGAACGGGAUUCUCGCUUGGCCCGUCUACAGUGGUCUCGGAAUUCGAUGUAGCGAGACAGUUUAUGGACUUCUGGAGGCGGUUCAUGAAAACGUUUGAUCUGCAGAAUCGAAAGAUCUAUCUCACCGGCGAGAGUUAUGCGGGGCAGUAUAUUCCAUAUAUCGCCUCGCAGAUGCUGGACCAGGAAGAUGAUAAGUGUUUCCGGGUUGCCGGCAUCCAGAUCAAUGAUCCCUAUAUCAAUGAGGUGCCAGUUUUGCAGGAUGUGCCUGCCGUUGCGACCGUCAAUCAGCACCGCUCCCUUUUCCCCUUCAAUGACACCUUCAUGAGCCAAAUCACCCAGCUUUCCGACGACUGUAGCUACACUUCGUUCCUAGAAGAUGCCCUUACCUUUCCACCCCUUUCUAAAUUGCCAUCAGUGCCCUACAAUGCCAGCUGCAACACCUGGGAAACCAUAAUCAACGCCUCGCUAGCUCUCAACCCAUGCUUCAACCGCUACCACAUCCCCGACUUCUGUCCCACACCGUGGAACCCAGUCGGGGGUCCGGUCGUCGGCCAGGGUCCUUCCAACUACUUCAACCGCAGCGACGUCCAGAAAGCUAUCAACGCUUACCCAACGGACUAUUUCGUCUGCAAGGAUGGAAUCUUCCCGACGGCCGACGGACUGGAUACGUCUCCUCCGAGCUCCCUGGGACCGCUGCCGCGCGUCAUCGAACAAACCAACAAUACCAUCAUCGCGCACGGCUUGAUGGAUUUUGAGCUCUUGGCGCAGGGAACCCUGAUCAGUAUCCAGAAUAUGACCUGGAACGGGAAGCAGGGGUUCGAGCGGGAGCCAGCGGAGCCGUUGUUCGUGCCGUAUGGUGGACCAUCGGGAGGAGGUAUAUUGGGGACAGCACAUACAGAGCGUGGAUUGACAUUUUCGACAGUGUUCAGCUCAGGACAUGAAAUCCCAGAAUAUACACCGGGAGCAGCAUAUCGCCAGCUAGAGUUUCUGCUGGGGAGGGUCGCGAAUCUGUCAGUGGGAUGA